GAACAUCUCAAAGUGAUUCUUAUAUCCGCAUCGAAUACUUGGGGCUUAUUUAUGCUUGUUAUUCUUCUUGGCUAUGGCUUAAUAGAAGUACCAAGACACCUCCUAUACUUUGAUCUUUUUUCCAGAGAAGCACGAAGUGUUUUGACGCUUUUGCGUAACGAAAACAUAUUGCGUGAGCAUGCGCAAACCAUCGUUGCGAAAUUCCCGCCUGAGCUGGUCUCCCAAAUUACUUCGACAUCGAUGGGCAGCUUUCCUGCAGCUUCCAGUAUCACACCGGGCAAUGAAGGUCUUGUUGCGAACGUCAACUAUUUGGUAUGCAUUUGGUCUAUUUUCCUCUUUACUUUAUUGACAGAAAUUAAUUUCAACAUGUUAAAACUGAUCACAGAGUAUACUUCUCAUUUCCUUGCCAUACGCUUCUUGUUUUGCAUUGAUUACGCCUGA